AUGGGCCCCUGUACCGCCUCCUCUUGCUGCUGCCAGGCCCGUAAUCUGCCAUGGGCCCCCGUACCGCCUCCUCAUGCUGCUGCCAGGCCCAUAAUCUGCCAUGGGCCCCCGUACCGCCUCCUCAUGCUGCUGCCAGGUCCAGAGUCUCUCAUGGGUCCCUGUACGGCCUCCCAUUGCUGCUGUCUCUAUCGCCACACUCUGCCAUGUGCCACUUUCAGGUCUCCUCACACUGCUGGUGGGUUCCAUUUUUGUCAUAGGGUGCUGUAUGGCCUCCCAUUGCUGCUGCUGCCUCCACCGCCACACUGUGGCUCCACACUCUGGUUUUGGCCCCGUGACUGCCCAAAUGAGUGAAGUGUGCGGUGAUUCUAAGAUCGACGGCACUCAUCUGCAUGUCAUACUGACUGACAGUAUUAUUUCUCUUCCCCAGCAGACUCCAAGGGCAUUUAAAUUAAAGGUACAGUGUUCUGCACUAAUAUAA